AUGGACCGCCGCUGUCUCAGCUUUACAGCUGGUCAAAACUUCUUUCCCUGGAGCUCGUUACGCGCCGCCUCCGUCGCGCGUUUCUGGUUGCGGCGGCUUGGUGAAGUACCAGCCGAAGGCGGAUCGUUUCCCUAUCGCAGAAGUUUCUUGUGCCCGUUUACCCCUGGAUCGAAUUUAUAUAGAGGCUGCGCAAAGUCGCGAGAGAGGCUCGGGCCCUGGCUUUGGCCGACGAACGAAGCACUCCCGGGGAAACAGCACGCAGGGUUCUGGCGAUGGCAGGCUUCGGCAGCGUCUGGAAGCGGUACAGACGGAUCAGGUACUUUCGCGGACCCUACAGUCACCCAGGUACGGAACAAGGAUAGUAUUUUGGCUCCGGGGACCACGGAAACCGCCCAUAGAGAGCCAGAAUCCAUCGUACCUUCACCACGAGCUGAUGGUGCUUACGACUUUCUCGCUGUGGAACGUCGCUGGCAAGAGUUCUGGGAACGCGAGCAAAUAUUCCGCACACCAGAUGAAGUCGAUUGGAACCGGCCUAAGUACUACAUUCUAGACAUGUUUCCGUAUCCUAGCGGUGCCGGGCUUCACGUCGGGCACCCCGAGGGCUACACCGCGACCGACAUUCUCGCACGGUACAAGCGGAUGCGAGGGUAUAAUGUGCUUCAUCCCAUGGGUUGGGACGCUUUUGGUCUGCCCGCCGAACAAUUUGCUCUCGAUACGGGAAUUCAUCCAGCAGUGGCGACCGAGCGCAACAUCACGCGUUUCCGUAAGCAGCUCAAGUCACUAGGAUUCUCCUACGACUGGAAACGCGAGAUUAAUACGACCAGUCCCGAAUAUUAUCGGUGGACACAGUGGAUAUUCCUUCAGCUGUAUAAGAGGGGCCUCGCCUAUCAGGCUGAGAUACCGGUAAACUGGUGCCCGGCACUCGGCACUGUACUCGCCAACGAGGAGGUCAUCGAUGGGCGAAGCGAACGCGGGGGCCAUCCCGUCAUCCGCAAACCCAUGCGUCAAUGGGUACUGCGUAUCACUGCCUAUGCUGAGAGACUGCUCAAAGAUCUCGAUCUACUUGACUGGCCCGAAAACGUGAAGGAGAUGCAGCGAAACUGGAUCGGCCGAAGUGAAGGAGUCGAAGUUACGUUCCCCACGGUGUCCGAUGCUUCGUCGGCAUCCGCCAAGGGCGCGCUCGCAGAGCCCCCAGGCAUCACCGUUUUCACAACGCGGCCGGAAACCAUAUCCGGGGCCACGUACCUGGUCGUUGCUCCCGAAUACCCGAUUCUAGAGGAGUUGGUAACGGAUGCGCAACGAGAGCAAGUCCAGCGCUACGUGGAGCAGGCGCUGCGACGCAGCGACCGCGAGCGCACCGGCACUGAGGUCAAGCUGAAGAGCGGCGUCUUCACGGGGCGGUACGCCCAGAACCCUGUUACCGGGGAACACAUACCUAUCUGGGUAGCGGAUUACGUUCUCGGCAGCUACGGCACUGGAGCGAUCAUGGCGGUGCCCGGACACGAUGCACGGGAUCGAGCGUUUGCGGAAACAUUUGCCUUGCCCAUCCGGAUUGUCAUCGACGAAACGACGAAUCAAAUGACCGACUGGAACCCAGACUGGCUUGGCGGCCUGGAAGUUGCAGGCACGAACGUGGAGGCUGCCCGGGUGCGGAUCACGGAAGCACUGGAGCGACUUCAUAUCGGGGAGCGAAAAGUGAACUACAAACUCAGGGAUUGGCUGUUUAGUCGCCAGCGGUACUGGGGCGAGCCCUUCCCGAUUGUGUUCGACGCAGAGACCGGCGAGCCGCUGCCCGUAGAUGAGCAAGCACUCCCGGUCGAGUUACCUACCACGGAGUCGAUUCGUCCGAGUGGCGAUGGACGCUCUCCGCUGGCCAAAAUUGUGGACUGGGUGGAAGUUCGUGAUCCUCAGACCGGUCAACUGCGUUACCUACGCGAGACGAAUACGAUGCCCCAGUGGGCUGGCAGCUGUUGGUACUACUUACGCUUCAUCGACAACAGCAACGCGGAGCGGUUGGUUGAUCCAGUCAAAGAACGCUACUGGAUGCCGGUUGACCUGUACGUCGGCGGCGUGGAACACGCAGUGCUCCAUCUUCUCUAUGCGCGCUUUUGGCACAAGGUUCUCUACGAUUUGGGGGUCGUGAGCACUCCCGAGCCCUUCCUACGCCUGGUGAACCAGGGCAUGAUUCUCGGUGAGGUUGAGUACACGUGUCGUCGUGAACGAACCGCGGCAGAGGGCCGGCAGCUUGUUGCAAACGGCCACGCUGCCGAGGCACCGCUCCUCGAGGAAGUGCGCGUACCCGCCGAUCAAGUCGAGAAAAUAGGCAAUGAUCGCUACGUUUUGAAGGCGGAUCCUCGUGUAGUGGUAACUGCACGCGCCCAUAAGAUGUCCAAGUCACGGGGCAACGUGGUCAAUCCCGAUGAUAUUGUGGAACAGUACGGCGCAGAUGCGUUGCGAUGCUACCUCAUGUUCAUGGGACCGCUGGAUCAGGUUAAACCCUGGUCGACUCAGGGCGUCAACGGGAUGCGGCGCUUCCUCGAUCGCGCUUGGCGUCUGCUCUUCGACAAAAACGAGGUCUGCAACGGAGACUCUCGAACGGAGCAUCAGGUGCAGCCGACACGUGCACAGCUGCGUCAGCUGCACAGCCUCAUCAAACGAGUCACCGAGGAUACAGAGGCACUUCGUUUUAACACCGCCAUCGCAGCGAUGAUUGAAUUUGUGAACGAUGCCUACAAAUGGGAGGUGCCCUGGCCAAAAGAUAUCUUAUUGGGUCCUUUUGUUUUGCUCUUGUCGCCGUAUGCGCCUCACGUAGCCGAGGAGAUGUGGCAGGAAAUUCGUCGGCGGCAACAGCUUCGCCAUGGAACCGAACGAGACUCAGAUGCUGCUGAUGCCCAGGUGCCGCGUUCAUUGGCCUACGAGCCUUGGCCUGACUACGAUCCCCAAUACUUGGUGCAGGAGACGGUCGUCUAUGCUGUACAAGUGAACGGCAAGUUGCGCGGCACACUCGAGAUUCCCAGUGACGCCGAUCGAGAUGCCGUCCUGGCAGCCGCUCGACAAGUAAGUAGUGUCGCGAGUCAUCUUGAUGGAAAACAGGUUGUUCGUGAAAUCUUCGUUCCCGGCAAAAUCGCAAACUUUGUCGUGAGAUAA